AUGCACGGUAAAUCCGCCAACCCCGAAAUCCACGACGAAAUCCACGAGGCCCUGGCCAAGCUCGCCCAUGUGGACUACACCAAGCCCAUCAUCCGCAACGCCUCGGUUGCCGUCCUCUACGAAGAGGCUCUCCAGUACGAGGCCGGUACUGCCCUGACCUCGUCCGGUGCCCUCUUCACCGACUCGGGUGCCAAGAAGGGUCGUUCUCCCAAGGACAAGCGUAUUGCCGACGAGCCCUCCACCGUCGAAGACAUCUGGUGGGGCCCCGUCAACAUCAAGAUCCCCGCCAAGUCCUUCAUGGUCAACCGUGAGCGCGCCAUUGACUACCUGAACCUGCGCCAGCGCCUGUACGUCCUCGACGGCUUUGCCGGCUGGGACCCCAAGUACCGCAUCAAGGUCCGCAUCGUCUGUGCCCGUGCCUACCACGCCCUCUUCAUGCGCAACAUGCUCAUCCGCCCCACCGCCGAGGAGCUGGCCAACUUUGGCGAGCCCGACUUCACCAUCUUCAACGCCGGCGAGUUCCCCGCCAACCGCUACACCACCGGCAUGACCUCGACCACCUCCAUCUCGAUCAGCUUCGAGCGCCGUGAGAUGGUCAUCCUCGGUACCCAGUACGCCGGCGAGAUGAAGAAGGGUGUCUUCACCGUCAUGCACUACCUCAUGCCCAAGGCCGGUGUCCUGUCCCUGCACUCCUCCGCGAACGAGGGCAAGGACGGUGAUGUCUCCCUCUUCUUUGGUCUGUCCGGCACCGGCAAGACCACCCUCUCGGCCGAUCCCCACCGCUUCCUGAUUGGCGAUGACGAGCACUGCUGGUCCAACGAUGGCAUCUUCAACAUCGAGGGUGGCUGUUACGCCAAGUGCAUUGACCUCUCUGCCGAGAAGGAGCCCGAGAUCUACAACGCCAUCCGCUUCGGCUCUGUCGUCGAGAACGUUGUCUACGACCCCGUUUCCCGCGACGUUGACUACGGCAACGCCUCCUUGACCGAAAACACCCGCUGCGCCUACCCCAUCGAGUUCAUCCCCAACGCCAAGAUUCCUUGUGUCGGUGCCCACCCCAAGAACAUCAUCAUGCUCACCUGCGAUGCCUUUGGUGUCCUUCCUCCCGUCAGCAAGCUGUCAGCCGCCCAGGCCAUGUACCACUUCAUCUCCGGCUACACCGCCAAGAUUGCCGGUACCGAGGAGGGUGUUACCGAGCCUCAGGCCACCUUCUCGAGCUGCUUCGGCUCGCCCUUCCUGGUCUGGCACCCCGUCAAGUACGCCUCCAUGCUCGCCGAGAAGAUGUCCGAGCACAAGGCCGAUGCCUGGCUCAUCAACACCGGAUGGUCCGGCGGUGCCUACGGCACUGGCAAGCGUAUCUCGCUCAAGUAUUCGCGUGCCAUCAUCGAUGCCAUCCACGCCGGCGAGCUCGCCAACGCCGAGUACGAAGAAUACCCCAUCUUUGGCCUCCAGAUCCCCAAGCACGUCAACGGCGUCCCCUCGGAGAUCCUCAACCCCUCCAAGGUUUGGCUCGGGGACCAGGCCUCCUUCAACGCCACCCUCACCAAGCUCGCCAACCUCUUCUCCAACAACUUCAAGAACUUUGAAGACAAGGCCACCGACGAGAUCAAGGGUGCCGGCCCCAAGAUCUAA